GGAUUAAAAAAAUAAAACGCCAAACUUCCGGUUGAUCAAAGCAAACGGCAAACAUUGUAUUGGUAUCCACUAAAGUAGCUAAUCCGCGCUUGGUACAUCAAGGAAUACAUUUCGAUUGGAAGUCCUUGGAGGUAGACAUGGUGAAGAUCACUUUCCAGCCGGUCGUUGGACAAAAAUCCGAGAAGGACAAUGAUGGAGAUAAAACGGAGAUUCUCAUACCACACCCGCACGAGGAGGAGCUGGUUCUCCCUCUGCGGUCCAAGAGGUCUCCCGUGAACGGCCUUUGCUGUCUCACCUUUGGUCUGGUGGUCUUCAUGUCUGGCCUAGUGCUAGCAUCCAUCUACGUGUAUAGGUACUACUUCAUACCUCAGAUUCCCGAGGAGAACCUGUUUCACUGCCGCGUGCUCUAUGAGGAUUCAGUCUAUGCCCCACUGCGUGGGCGGCAGGAGCUGGAGGAGAAUGUGGGGAUCUACCUGGAGGACAACUAUGAGCAGAUUAGCGUCCCCGUGCCACACUUUGGUGGAAGCGACCCUGCUGACAUCAUUCAUGACUUCCACAGGGGUCUGACGGCAUACCAUGACAUUGCACUGGACAAGUGCUAUGUCAUCGAGCUGAACACUACCAUCGUCAUGCCCCCACGAAACCUCUGGGAACUGCUGAUAAAUGUCAAGAAGGGGACCUACCUUCCCCAGACCUACCUCAUCCAGGAGGAGAUGGUGGUGACGGGCCGCGUUCGAAACAUGCGACAGCUUGGUGCCUUCAUCUACAGACUGUGCAAUGGCAAGGACACCUACCGACUGAAGCGCCGGAGCUCCAGGAGACGUAUUGAUAAACGCGGAGCCCGGAACUGUCACCGCAUCCGCCACUUCGAGAACACCUUUGUGGUCGAAACCGUCAUCUGCGACGCAGCCUAACCGAAGAGUUCUCCGCUCAACACUAAAGCAUCUCCCCAGCCACUGUAGCGCUGUCCCGUGCGUUUAGUUUCAGUUGCACUUUAAGCAUGGUAUCGUUCGUUCCGUUUUUAAGAGUUGAUUUAAACCUACUGUAUUUGGUAUUUGUCCAAAGUUGAAUUUUCCAUGUUUGUUACAAUAAUGUGAUUAUUAUGGCAUUGUUAGUUAUUCUUGAUUGUUUCAAUGUUACAUGUAGCACAAUCAUGCUGUUCUAUAUACUGUGCAGAGGUGAAGUCUUUUCCCAAAAUUGAACAACAAAGGAUUUAGCUCAGUGUGAGGGGAAAAUGAAGGCUGAUUCUAUCUUUGUUUCCAUGUGACUCUUCUCUUUCCUCCCUCUUGAGAAAUAUGGUGCACUGUUCAUCCAGUAAUAAACUCUCCUGAGUGCUCUUUGCACAUUGUCAGUGUAAUGAAACCCUGUUUUUCUCUGCAUGCACACCUUCAGUUUGUUGUUACAGUAAUAAUUUAAAGUUUUUUUUUUUUUCCCCUCUCUCUCUCUCUCUCUUCUGGGAUUCUCUUCCUCCUCAGUCAUGCUGCUCACAUUUCUUUACUGGCUUCUAUCCUAAACGCUAUCCAUGUUUUUUUCCUCGGGUAGGCAGAACCUUGCAGCUUGAUUUAUGGAAUUGCAGACGUUCCAUGUGGCAUUUUAAAUUUGAUGCACUUAGCGGUGCUUGGACUUGUAGAGCACUGUGUCAGUUCCAACCAGGAAACAA